AGUGUUGAGAGGAAAGUUACGCCGCAUGAGUGAAAAUUGUGGAAAUUUUUAAUGCUUUUUUUGCUGUGAGAAAUGUAAUUUCCGCGCGCAAUUCUCCUCUGUUGCAAUUCUCGGAGCAACACUUGGCAGAGAGACAUUUGUGACGGCAGUAAUCAGACACCGGCCUCAGAAUGAUGUUCACGGGGACAACGCAGCAGCAGGACACCAGGUUCAGCGACAAGGAGAAGAAGAUGAUGAAAGUGAUGAAGUUCGGCGACUGUGUCAGCAAAAGGGUGGAUAUGUCCAAAGUCAAGCUGGAUGUCUUGCGGCCGUGGAUUAGCAAGAAAAUCACGGAUUUUUUGCACAUUGAAGACGACGUGGUUGUGGAAUUUGUCUACAAUCAGUUGGAGGAAGAGCGUUUUCCUUGUGGGAAGAAGAUGCAAAUCAACAUGACUGGAUUCCUGAAUGGCAAGAACGCCCGACAGUUUAUGGAUGAGCUUUGGUCUCUGCUCCUGUCGGCUCAGGAAACGGAGACUGGCAUUCCUGAGGAGUUCAUACAGGCAAAGAAGGAUGAGAUUCUGAAGCGUGAGGAGGACACAACAAAGGCCAUUGAAUCGAAGAUGGAGCGAGAAUCAAAGGAGGAUCCGAAAGAGCCCGAGGAAAAAUCAUCAGACAAUUCUACACAGUCGCCCAAAGAAAGUGUCGAAGAGAAGCGAGCCAAGUCUGCGAGCUACACAAAGUCCGUUGAAAAGUCGAAGAUCAUUUUGGAGCGCCUUGAGAAAGCCUCCGCUGCGAAGGAGGCUGAGAGGAAGAAGACGCCUGAGGACAAAUCUGCACCACAGCCUGAGCCCAAGAUGCAACCUGUCACGGAGAAGCAGCGAGACUCACGACGAGAUUCGAAGGAGAGCCGCAAGAAGUCUCGCUCUCGGUCACGCAAUCGCUCUCGCUCGCGUCGUCGCUCGAAGUCUCCAGGAAAGAACAGAUCACGCUCUAGGCGCUCUCGGGAUCGCGAAAGAUCUCGCGAUCGGUCACGUAGAUCGCCAUUGCCAAAGUCUCGCCGUCGAAGCCGAUCUCGAGGGCGAUCAAAUGAUUGGGGACGCGACAAUCGGCGCCGGACUCGUUCACGUGAUCGUCGCGAUCGGAAGCGCUCACGCUCGCGAUCUCAUCGCAGGGAAAGCAACUUCCGAGGACAUGGAAGUGGAUCGCGUCGAGACAGAGGUGGACCGCGAUCGCGAUCACCGGUGAAGAAGCUUCCGGAAAAGCCUCGAGAUCCUGUGCCAGAGCCCAGGGCGACCAUCAAUGGGUCGGAUGGAAAACCACCGCUAUCGAAGGUGCAGGCGAAGCUCCUAAACAUGGCUGAAGGUGGUGGACGACGAUCGAAGAGCAAGACUCCGCGCAGGUCGCCAUCUCCGCCACCCAAGAGAGUGAAGAAAGCCUCACGAUCGCGAUCCAAGAGUUCCUCGUCGUCUGUUUCGAGUGAUGAGGCAUCUGCUAAGGCAGCAGGAAAGAAGCUAGGAGACAAGCGACGCAAGAGAUCUGUGUCUGCAUCCUCCAGUGCUCGAUCGUCUCCGGCUCGAGAGGAGUUUGAGAUACACAAGAAGGAAAACAGUGUGCAGCAGAAGAGGCACUACAGGUCUAAUAAGGAUUCAAGUGAGAGUGAGGUGGAGGUGACAUUCGUUAAGGAUGGACGUCCGAUGGGUAGAGAUCGUGGAAAUCGCGGAAAUAGAUCGCGAUCGAGGCAGAGAUCACGUCAGAGACGAGUGAGUCCCUUGCCGCCUAUGAAUCGCGAUCGUGGCCGACGAAGAUCGCCUGAUCGACGCGAUGUGCCGCAAAGAGGACCCAGAAAUCGUGUCAGUCCGCAGCGUAUGAGGCGCAGCCGAAGUCCUCGAGUGUCCUCGUCAAAGGGGCGUCCCGUGAGGUCCCGUGAGAGGAAGUUGUCGCCACAGCGUCGACUCAGUAUUUCGCCAUUGAAACCCUCACCGGUGGUGCACAGGAAGGAGCGAGAGAUCCCAGUGACACCGAUGACAAAGGAGACGAACAGGAGCUUUGAGAUGAGGGACAAAGGAAGGAAAACGAUGCCUGAAGAGGUGCCACAACCGAUUAAGAAGCGUGAUGAGGGCAGAAAGAAACCCGAACCGCUGGCUAAGGAGGAGAAGAUCAAUCGUCGUGAGGCUGUUGUGAAGCCAAUGCGAUUUGACGAGGAGGUGAGACGUCAGGAGAUUCCAAAGGUGAUGGAAGAGAAGCCUGAGAAGGUGAUGGUUUACUCUAGCAGCCUGUCAAGGACACCAUCACCCUUCCUGAGGGCAUACGAGCGUAAUCCGGCUCUGUUUGCCGGCACACUUGUUGCGGAAUUAGAGGCGAAACGCAGUGCUAGGAAGCUGGUUCAACAGCAAGAGCUGAAGAAGACACAAAAGUCGACCAAGAAGAAGAGCGUGAGCUCGAGCGAUGACAGCAGCGAGUCGGAAUCCGAUUCUCCGGAUGAGAAGGUGCAGAAGAAGAAGCGACGAACCAAGGCGAAAUCUAAGAAGGCGUCCAAGAGAGCUCCAUCAACUAGCAAUUCAAGUGACGAUGAAGACGCCAAUGAGGAGGAGAUUCUGAAGUCGCGAUCGAGGGAAAAGGCCGAAGCGGCAGAGUUGCGAAGGAAGGAGUCGAAGAAAGUGGCUAAGAAGAAGAAAUCUCGCCGUUCAGAUUCCAGUUCCAGCUCUGAUGAGGCAUCUGAGGAGGUGGUGAUCGUGAAGAAGGGCCACAAGGUGAAGAAAAAGGACAAAGAGCUCUCGGCGGAGUCGUCUAGUGGCGAAGAUGAGGAGAACUCCUCAGUGUCGGAUGUGCGAAAGCUGGAGAAGAAGGGCAAGAGUCCGGGCGGCUCGCGCUUGAAGGAGGCGAAGAAGAAGAAGCGCAAGAAGCACAAGAAGCAUAAGAAGCACAAAAAGAGCAAGAGCAAGCGCAGAGGUGAGUCGGAUUCUGAUGAUGAUGAUGAUGAGGAAACCGUGCCAGUGCCAUUCGUGGGCGCUGGUGGCAUUAUCAAUGAUGACUUGGAGAAGCAGCUUAGAGAGAGAGCUCUGAAGUCCAUGAAGAAGCAAGCGAGCUGCUCCUCAGACUAGGUGGGCGCGGAAGGAAGUAUGAAUUUUUCAUUAAUCACAUUAUAUAAUAGAAACUACUAUAUGUAUGUAUAAUCCAACAUACCAUGAAUGAGAAACACAAUUUAGUACGUUUAGGAUCUACAGAGCGUAUGGCAAAAGAUAGUCAUCUGCACUAUGUGUAAUAGUAAAGCAGAGAAACAUUGCGUCGAAUUAUGGAUAAGUAGAGCCCAUAAUACUUAUUGUAGCUCCUAAUCUUGAUUUAUUUCUUUCUAAUUAGUCGUAAUGAGAAAAAAUAUUUUAGCUUCCCGAAAGAGUAGUGUUUGUGAAGUGUGAAAGGAUUAUGAUUUAGACUGGGUUUUCCACUCAUGAAGAAAAACCUAUUUAGACGUCAUCCAAUUGCAUAUAGGAUUUAUUGUACUAAAAAUAUGUCGUACAUGUGUUUUAAAGUCUUGUUAUUGCAAGACAGAAUUAUCUAGAAGAACUGUAAUUGAAUAAUUGGACAUGUAAUAACGGAACUUAAAAUAAAGGAAAUGAAUA